AUGUGCGUCUCGUUCGGGGCCGGGAGGAGCGCGGAUCGGCCCGCCCCCCCACCCCCCCACAUCCCCAGCCGGCCGAGGGGCGCCGACGCGGCGCUGAGGGCGGGCGGGCCAGCCGGGGCGACAGCUGGGGGGGCGGCCCUGACCUUCCCGCGCGAUCGAUGGGGGCGCGGCCGGGCUGCGCGGAGCCGGGGCGGUGCCGAGCGCCCCCGGCCCGCCCCGCACGGACACUAUAAAGGGGCGGCCGGGGCCCGGGCGGCGGCGGCAGCGCUCAGCACCCCCUGCGCGCCCACCACGGCCAUGCGGCCCCUGCUGCUGCUGCUGCUGCUGCUGCCGCCGCCGCUGCUGCUGCCGGGCUCCGCCGCGCGCCCCGCGCCCCCCAGGGCCCCGCGCCACUCGGAUGGGACGUUCACCAGCGAGCUCAGCCGCCUGCGGGAGAGCGCGCGUCUGCAGCGACUGCUGCAGGGCCUGGUGGGGAAGCGCAGCGAGCUGGACACAGAGAACGGCACGAGCUGGACCAAGUCGUCUGAGGGCCGCUUCUGCCUGCAGUGGCCCCACUCGCCCGCCCUGCAGGCCUGGAUGCCCCUGAGGGACCCCCUGGAUGAGGCCUGGUCUCCCCAGCUGCCUCCUGGACGCGGGUCUGGGGCCGCAUUUUCACAGCCGGCCGUGCCUCCUGCUGAGAUGUCACGGAUGAGGCCCUGA